UGUACGAGGCCACCGUCUGACGUCACUGCCAAACAGGAACUAGCACCGUGCUUGUUUAUGUCGCUGGUGAUUUUGCUCUGAGUUUCUCCUGAAACGCUAUUUAUAACCAAACCAAAAGUGCUGCAAUAUGUCUCAGGAUUUGUGGUUACAAAAUUAUGAUGCAGCUUGUCGGCAGGCUCAAGAAAUUGCAGAAAACAUCCAUGAAAGAAACAGACUGCAGAGGACUGGAGGAAAUACAGCCAAGCUCAACAUGACCCUGAGAGCAUCAUUACAGAAGCUCAAACAGAAUAUAGCACAGCUCAGGGAGACAUUGAUUCGAGCUUCUGCUCAACGGCAUAUAAUGCAAGCUGAAGCAGACAGAAGACAGAACCUCGUUGAUGAUCUCGCUACCAGAGAAGCGAGACUGAAAGCCUCUUUCAACGGAGAAAUCUCAGAAGCUGAGCCUGCAAGGUCAAGUCUGAUGACAGGUGGACACGGGUCGGGGCCUGGUGUGAACCCGUGGCUGGUUAAUGAGUCUGAGGAAACUAGAGGACUCGGUUUUGGAGAAAUCAAACACCAACAGCAGCAGAUUAUCGAAGCUCAGGAUGCUGGCCUGGAUGCUCUGGCUGCAGUCAUAAGUAGACAAAAACAGAUGGGUCAGGAGAUCGGCAAUGAGCUAGAUGAACAGAACGAGAUCAUUGAUGACCUUGCUCAGCUUGUGGACAAGACGGACGGCCGCAUCAAAAACGAGACGCACAGAGUCAAGCUGUUGGAUGCCAAGUCUGCUUCCUGUGGAAUGCUGGUGGUGAUUGUUCUUCUCCUCAUCGCCAUCAUUGUCGUGGCUGCUUGGCAGAAUUAAUGACGAGGAUGUUUCUGAAGAGUAGACGGCACAUAUACGGACUGCAGAGACUGUUC